UAGUUUAUGGGUAAAGUUUAUUUUUCAUUUUAUUUUGAUAAGAUUGGCGGCAAAUCGAAAAGAAAGUUUCAAGGAACUUUUAUUAGAUAAUGUAAAACAUAUAAGCGUUCAGUUGAGGCAAUUAAUAAAAAUUAAAAAGUCAUGUUUAACUUAUUAUAAAGAACUGUAGAAAAGGGGUAAAAUGCAUAUCCUUUGCACUAUAUGCAGCGACAUCGUAAAUCAAGCGGAAAAUAUUUAUGUGACAAAAUGUGGACAUGUUUUUCACUAUAACUGUUUAUCAAAAUGGAUUGCACGAUCGAAAUCAUGCCCACAAUGUCGCAAUAAGGUGACAGACAAAUGUAUGUUUCGUUUUUAUCCAACAAUAUCAAAUGAAGCUACAAAUGAAGACGCAGCCACAUUACAAUCACGUCUUGAUGAUGCACAGUUACAACUCCGCCAACAGAAAGCUAGUUGCAAAGAACAUGAAGAAAAAAUUUCAGCUACAGAGGCCGAAAUCAAAAAGAAUUUGGCAUUAUUGAAAGCAUGUGAAAAAAAACUUGAGAGCCGAGACACAGCUAUAGCAGCGCUCAAAGAACAGCUGCAGUAUGUGAAGAUACAGAACAAUGAAACCAAUAGGUUGAGGGAAGAAAAUGAGGUUUUGAAGAAAAACAUGCAGACAUUGAACGGUUUACAGAAAGUUUUGAAUGCGACCAGCGAAGAAGUUGAAAAAAUGCUCGAAGGUUAUUCUGAUAUAAGAAUGGUAGCUACUUUUGCCACUGCCUUGAAACGGGCACUCUGUGAAUCGGAAGAUAAGAAAAACGAAUCUAGGGAUCAGAUACAAAUGCUCAAACAACAGCUAUCUGCUGAAAAACGUUAUGUUGCUGAAAUCCAGGCUAAGUUACUUUCAACGGAGGAACUAUUAAGGGUAACUAAACGUAAAUACUUUAGUUUGAAACACAAACGUAAGGCGGAUUCGUUAGAUUCAACAGAUUCUCUAGACAUGGCGGUGAAGCAAAUGAAGCCGGAUCAAGACCUCAACGACGCGGUCAUAGUUCAAGAUAGUGACACAAGCAACACCAGUAUUAAUACAAUGGUGAAUAGAAUAGAAAAUUCAGAAUCACCGUACUUAAGUUUAAAACAAAGCAGCCUGGCGCUGACGGCCUUACAAAGACAUCCCACACAUCCGCUACCUGAUAGGAACCUUAAGCCAUCAGAACUAGCUCUGUUUAAUUCAGCUCGGAACGCAAUCACCAAGAAACCAGAUAUACAGAGGACAAGCAUCUUCCACCAGAAGGAACCAAUUAAGAUACAAUUAUCUUCAGAGAAUGACCCAAAUAUGUCAUUACUAAACAUAUCCUAUGACGGCCUGGGGGGUCAUUCUAAACAUGACACUUUCCCCUCACCGAGACAAUCACUGAAAAGUUGCAUUCCAAAACUAUCAUCCAAACACAAAUUAAAACGACCAAAUCCGAUUGGGAGCAGAGAUAUAAGCAAAAUGCUGAAAAAAACUUAAAGAUAAUUUUCUUUGUGCAAUUGAGAUAUGUUCACAAUUUGUUACAAAAUAUUUAUCACAAAAAUACUGACAAUAAUAUUUAAUUAUAAUCAUUUGUUACAUUAAGAGAGAAGAUACAUUUUUAGAUAUUAAUAUGUUACAGUACAAAUCACCAUCACAAUGAAAGAAAGCUGCGGGGCAGUGUAUAGUUAAGUUAAAUAAAUGAGAAAUAAUUAUAAGAGACAUUUUUGCCAUAAAACAAUUAUAAGAUUAUUUUUGUAAAUAUUAUAAUGAUUGGAUAUAUAAUCUCUAGAAAAUAAGUGUUAGUGUUGAGACUGUUUUGUAAUGAAAUAAACAUUUUGAUUAAUA